CUAUAUAUUUUUCUCUCCAAUAACAAUACAAAUACACAAAAAUGAAAAAAAAUAAAAAAAAUAACAACCCGAAAAAUAACAGCAUAUUCCACCACCGCGAUCGACCAAUUCUCUUCUCAUAACCACUUUCUCCGAUCUCUCCUCUUUCUUUCAUAAUCCUAAUCAAGAAAAGAAGAAGAACCGUUAAUGGUGGUCAAGAUGAUGAGGUGGCGGCCGUGGCCGCCACUCGUCACCAAAAACUAUCACGUCAGACUCACCGUCAAGAAACUCACGGGAUGUCAUCUGUUACGUCAAUCUUGUUCAAGAUUAACGGUUGAGAUUAAAUGGAAAGGUCGUAAAUCUUCAUCACUCGCCUCGUUACGACGGAGCUCCGUCGCAAGAAAUUAUUCAAGAGAGGCUGUUAUUGAAUGCGACGACGGUGGCGACGGUGGUUUCGUUAUUAACUUUGAUGAGGAGUUUCAGAAAUUUUGUAAUCUGAAUGGUUACAAAGAUAAUGUGUUGCAUCCAUGGGAAAUCGCUUUCAAUCUUUUUCAUGGAUUGAAUGAAAAGCCAAAGAAAAAGAGGAUUGUUGUUGGAACUGCUUUGUUGAAUAUUGCUGAAUUUGCAAAUUCAACUGAUGAAAAUGAUUUUGAUUUGAACAUUCCAAUCAUAAUAGCUGGAGGUUCUGCACAGGAUUCCCCUUUACUUUGUAUAUCAAUUAGUUUGAUGGAGGUAAGAGGUGCUCAAGAAAAAACACUGUCGGUGUAUAGUUCAAUAGUUCCUGUAUCGUCACCGCAGGCUGAAUCGGGAGAUAGUACAAUUACUGAGAAAGAGGAUCUUUCUGCAAAUAAAACUGGGUUUUGGAAAGUAAAGUCUUUCACAGAAUUUGUAUCUUCUAGGAAAUCACAGAAGCCGUGUCGAGGAGAAGAGGGAAGUAGUAAAAGCAAGGGCUCUGGGAGUGGGGAUGGUAAUCCUAGUUACACUGCAGAUUCUGAUUCACUAGAUGAUUUGGGAGGAGAUUCGGAUGAGGGGAAUGAUGACUCAAGUGCUGGGAAUUCGUUCGGUUAUGGAACAUUGGCGUCUGCGAAUGCUGAAGGAUCACAUUCGUAUUAUUCCAACACGAGGGUAAGUUGUGAUGACGGUGAUUGGGUUUACUAUAGCUACCGCAAGGUUGAUGCUGGGCAUUCCCUGAUGGAGGAUUCAACCGCGUCUUCUUCCGAGUCUUAUUUAUCACAAAGUACAAAGCGCAGCAUACUUCCAUGGAGGAAGAGGAAGUUAAGUUUCAGAUCUCCUAAGGGUGUUAAGGGUGAACCACUGAUAAAAAAGGCCUAUGCCGAAGAUGGUGGAGACGACAUAGAUUUUGAUCGCCGACAGCUUAGCUCUGAUGAAUCAUUCUCUUCAAAGUUUCUCAAAACUGAGGAUGAUUGGUAUACAAAUGGAUGUUCUGAAUUUGGAGAUGAUAUGUUUGUUGUUGGAAGAUGGGAGCAGAAAGAGAUCACAAGCCGUGAUGGUCACAUGAAGCUUGAGACACAAGUCUUCUUUGCCUCAAUCGACCAACGCAGUGAACGUGCAGCAGGCGAGAGUGCAUGCACAGUUCUUGUUGCAGUAAUUGCCGAUUGGUUCCAGAACCAUCACGAUCACAUGCCCCUAAAGUCCCAGUUCGACACUCUAAUUCGAGAUGGCUCCUUAGAAUGGAGAAACCUAUGCGAAAAUGAAACCUAUAGAAACAGGUUCCCCGACGGGCAUUUCGAUCUUGAAACAGUCGUUGAAGCAAACAUACGUCCGCUUUCUGUUGUUCCAGGCAAAUCCUUCAUUGGUUUCUUUCAUCCAGAAGGAAUGGACGAGGAGAGAUUCGAGUUUCUUCGUGGCUCAAUGUCUUUCGACAACAUUUGGGACGAGAUCAGCGGUUCAGAACACGAGUGGCUUAGCAAUGGCGAACCUCACCUCUUUAUCGUGAGUUGGAAUGACCAUUUUUUCGUUCUCAAAGUCGAAUCCGACUGCUACUACAUCAUCGACACAUUGGGGGAGAGGCUUUACGAAGGAUGCAAUCAAGCAUACAUCCUUAAAUUCGACGGCAACACAGUAAUACACAAAACACAAAACGCUGCUCCAUCAUCAUCAAACAAUAAAACCACCAGUGGUGAUCGGCAAACUGUUGCGCAAGUAUUUGAGCGCAAUAACAAGCCGGAAGAACAAGUUAACAACAGUAACGAGGACGAUUCUAUUGCAGAGCAAGAAGACGACAAGGUUGUGUGCCGAGGCAAGGAAGCAUGCAAAGAGUACAUCAAAAGCUUCCUGGCUGCAAUUCCUAUCAGAGAGUUACAAGCCGAUAUAACCAAAAACAUCUCAUUUUCGCCUCAUCAGAGACUACAAAUCGAGUUUCACUACACUCAAUUGUUACAGUCUUGUUUAUCCACAACCCCUGCGGCGGAGGCGGAAGCGGAAGCAACCGUUGCCGCAGCAGAAACUCUUGCUCUUGCAAUCAAUGAGAUUUCUACAUAAUAAUGGUAGUUUAGAAUUUAAUUUAGAUUAAAGAAAGUGCACAUAUGCUAGCUAGUUUUUUUACAAUUUUAACCAAACAACAUUAUGCUAGUGAAGUCUACAUAGAAGCUCUUUUAAGCUGUUGAUACUUUAUAGUGAGCUGAAUCUGUAGGCCUUGUUUUGCCUUACAAUAAUGAUUCCUGACAGGGGUAUCAAAUAGCUGAUACUGUGAUUUCCCUUUCAAGUGAGUGCAAAGUACUAAAAACUUUUGGCAUAUGACAUAAAGAUUCUACUACUUGUGAAUGCAUUAUAGCUUUUUUUAAA